AUGGUCGACACGGCUGCUGAGAUCGCCCACUUCCGCGCCCAUCAGUGGGCCAACUCUCUUAUCUCUUCCGAGGACUACAUCCCAAUUGAGACGGACUCGAGGCGCAUCAAACCCUCCACUGGAGAAGAUGGCUACUUCUCCAGCACCCUAGGCACUUCAUCUACCAUCCCACACGUUCUUACCCUUGAACGGCGCAAUAUCUCACCCCCGCCCUCCGAGGUCCCGACAUGGCUCCCCACAAGCAAGCAGGAUACCGGCGCGAAACCCACUCCGGCCGUAAACCCGGCCGAUGUGCUGAUGAUUUUUGAUCUGGGGAGUCCGGGCUUGUCGGGCCAUCCGUCUACUGUGCAUGGUGGUAUUACGGCGACGCUGAUUGAUGAGGCCAUGUCUCUUGCGGUUGCGGCGCAUACCAAGAAUCCAUCAUCCCAACCGGAUUCCACUGAAAAUAACCCUCGUGGAAGGAUCUUCACUGUCCAGCUGGAUGUGAGAUAUCGACAGAAAGUGAAAACUCCGGCUUUACUCGUUGUUCGCGCCAAGGUUGUCGGGCGCGUUGGUCGGAAGUUCUGGGUGCGGGCGCAGGCUGUGCAGGAAGAUGAGGAGGGCGCUGGCGGUCAUUUAGAAUGGGCGAAACGGAAGGUUGUGAAGGCUGAGGCCAUGGCUUUCUGGAUGACUAUCCCAGAGCCACGGCUGUGA